AUGAAUUUAAAUUAUAUUGACAAUUAUGGUUAACUAGCAGAUGUCUCAUCAUAACAACAAAAGUCAUCGAGUAUUCAUAAUUCUCACAGAGAAUACACUUUUGCUCCAUACGGUUAAAAUUAGGUAGUUAAUAUGAGCGCAAAGUAAUCCCAAUAAGAUUCAAAUUUUAUAAACAGAUAUCAUAAUAGUAGCCUACCUCCUAAUAAUUAUACCAAAAAGAAAUCGCCCAGUCAACCUACUUCGUAUUUGAAUAAAUUGAAAUAAUAAUAUGCUCCAUUAUAGUCAACUCAAUCGACACAUCAUAGUAAUCAUAAUCAAUCAGUUGAGAGUGAUCACUAGAGUUAUGAGUAAUUGAUGAUUUACAAUAACCUAUUGAAAUUGGAGUUGGAAAAAAAGUUGUUUAAUUGUGGAGUUUUUGUUAUCAAAUAAAAUAAUGGGAAAUGUGUUGACUUUUAUAUGGAGUUAAAAAGAUAGAAGGAUUAUUAUGAAAACUAAAUCCAAUAAUUAUAAGCAGUCAUUUAAAACCAUGAAAAUAGGCCUAAUGAAUACAUCGACCUAUCUGAAUAUCAGCGUUAGAAUCAGGAAUUAAGUAAAUCAAUUGAAUAGGCCAUCUCAAAACUGACCUUAGCCAAUCAAACUAUUAAUCAAUUAGAACAAGAGAAGGAGUCCUUGCUAGAUUAUGUUGACAAGUAGAAGGAUAUUGCUGAACAAUUAAAAUCAUAAAAUGAUCAGUAGGAUUUAAAACAAAAGGAAAUGAAAAUUAUGAUUUUGCAAUUAUAAAAAUAAAUAGAACAGUACAACAUUGAAUUGAUGGACAAAGAGGAAUUCAUUAAAGAAAUUAGUGAGAUGCAAAAUAAGAACAAAUGUUUAUUGCAGGAUGAAAUUAUGAAGUAUCAAUAAUAAAUUACUAUGUUGCAACGAUAACUACAAGAUUAUGAACAAUAAAAUAAGGAUUUAAGUAGAAAAUUUAAUGAUAGUGCAUCUUAAAUACAUAUGAUAAUUAGACAAUCUGAUGACAAACAAAGUUAACUUCAAUUUACACAGAUGCAAGAUAAUCAUAGUGUUUGUGAGUUUGAUAGCAAUUUGAAAUCAUCAAGGAACACUAACCUUAUUCAAAAGUAAUAAUAGGGUUUGGAUUAAAUGAUAAAAAUCAAUAAGCAAACACUCUAAGACUUUUAGCAGUAAUUGAUGUUACAUUAGAAAUUAGGGGAGUAUCAAGAGAAGUUGAGUAAUUAACUAUCAUAGAUUGAAUAAUAGAAUAAACAACUAAUUGCGAUUACAUAGUAGCAUUAAGAAGUGCUUUAAUAAAAUUCUAGUCUCAUAGAGAAAGAAGCUGAUCUCAAUAGGGAGAUAUAAGAUUUGAAUCAGAAAAUCGAAAAACUUCAAUAGGAAAGAUAGGAAUAAGUUGAGUAGAUGGAAAUAUUACAGUAGUAAGCUAUUGAUUAGAAUUAAAUAAAUUAAGAUUUAAACACUUAAUACUUUAAAUAAAUUGAUGAAUUGUAAAGUGUUAAUCAGAUCUAAUAAAAAUAUAAUACAUUAUAAAUUAAGGUUUAAGCAGAUGUGGAAUAUUAUGAGAACAUAAUUAGUGAAUUUAAUUGCCAAUUGAUUAAAAUUUAGAAGAAGAUAGAGGACAUAUUUAGUAAAUUACAAGUUUUUGAUUUAAGUAAGAUCUAAGCGAAUGAGAUCUCAACUAAUACUAUACUGAUAUCUCUUGAUCAUCUAGAAACUCUGGUCAAUAGAAAUCUUGGGUGUAAUAAGAUUUAAUUAAACACUUCUAAUCAAAUUAAUAAUACUUAGUUAAAUUUCUCAACCAACCAGACUCCCACGAAUAUGGUGCAUAAUAGCAAGUACUUCUCAAAUGAGUGCUUUGACAGCAAUCAAAAAAACAGUAUGUUGAGCAACUUAAGCAAUCACAAUAAACCAUAUUUAGUGAAGAGGAAUUACUAUUUAUGA